AUGGAGAUUUGUUUGUGUUACUCUUUCACAAGCAGACCAGGAAUGCUAGCAGACGGAGCGAUCGUGUCGCACAAACAAAUUUACUAUUCGGACAACUACAACAACAAGGAGUUUGAGUAUCAGCAUGUCAUGCUGCCCAAGGACAUAGCCAAGCUGGUCCCUAAAACCCAUUUGAGGUCUGAAUCUGAAUGGAGGAAUCUUGGCGUUCAACAGAGUCAGGGUUGGGUCCCUUACAUGAUCCAUGAACUAGAACCUCAUAUCUUGCUGUUCCGGCGCCCACUACCCAAGAAGCCAAAGAAAUGA